GAGCUAUUAGGACCCCCACCCCAAAGAGACGCCAUAGCCUCCCCAUGGGGUGUCUGGGGCGUGUCUGAAGGAGUCCGUUUGGGGUGGGGGGGUCUCUAUAACCCCCCAAGGGAAGUCGGGGAGGCCCCUACAGACCCCUAAGGGGGCAGUGUUCCUAUGUCACGUGACAUGGGCCAAUAUGGCGGCGCCCAUAGGUGAGGCGGAAGCGGAAGUGGGUCCGUGGAGGAGCCGCGCGGCCGCUGCGACCUCGGCUGCCCCUUCUCCCCCCUUUUAUCCCUUUAUCCCCCCCCCUCCCCACGAUGCUCCUGCUGCCCCUCAGUGCCCUCCUGCUCCUCCUGCUGCUGCUGCUGCUCCUGGAGUUCCCUCCCCGGAGCCCCCCUAGCUCCAACCCAGCAUUCCAGGAAUUCCAGCGGCUCUUCCACCUGGGAUUCCUGCCUGCCCUGGCAGCUGAUUGGCUGCAGGGGCCUCACCUGUUCCAGGUGUUCCGCAGCCGGGGCUUCCUGCAGACCCAGAUCGCCGCCCUCUACUCACUGGGAUUCGCCUCCAACUUGGUGUUCGGGCUCUUCUCCCACUUUUUCGUGGACCGGCUCGGCAGGAGAAGGUCCUGUGUGCUGUUCUCGGUGCUCUGUUCCCUGUCCUGCCUCCUGCAGCUCUCCCGGGAUUUCCCAGCGCUGGCGGCAGGGCGGCUUUUGGGGGGCGUUGGCACCUCCCUGCUCUUCACCUCCUUCGAGUCCUGGUAUGUCCACGAGCACCUGGAGCGCCACGAUUUCCCCCGGGAGUGGAUCCCAGACACCUUCUCCCACGUGGCCCUUUGGAACGGGGUCGUGGCUGUGGCCGCAGGGGCUGUGGCGAGCUGCUGGUGCUGGGGGGGGGGCCCCGUGAUCCCCUUUGUGGCAGCUGUGCCCUUCCUGGCCUUUUCUGGGAUUUUUGCCAUGAAAAACUGGGAUGAGAAUUAUGGAAAACGCCGCUCCUGCCCCAAGGCGUGUGGGGAGGGGCUGCGGGGGCUGCGGGACCCCCCCAGGGCACUGCUGGGGAUGGUGCAGGCACUGGUGGAGGGCGUCAUCCUCAUCUUCAUCUUCCUCUGGACGCCUGUGCUGGAGCCGCUGGGGAUCCCACUGGGAAUCGCCUUCUCAGGAUUUAUGGCAGCAAGUGCUGUGGGAUCAUCCCUGUUCCGCCAGGGGGUCGUGGGGGGGCUCCGGCUGCAGCCCCUGCACCUCCUGCCGGGGUCCGUCGUGCUUCUGGGAGUCUCCCUCCUCCUCCUUGCCCUCCCCCUGCCCCCGCCCGGGGCCUUCCUGGC